AUGGGCGGCCAGAUGCAACAGAGAAAUGCUUCUGCAACUUCUCUGUAUGAUCAAUCUGCAGAUGGUGGGUCCCAUCACAAUGCAGGUUCUGCUAACGAUGCUGGAGAUGCUGUAAUGGCAAGAUGGCUCCAGUCUGCAGGUCUACAGCAUCUGGCCUCACCUGUGGCAUCAAAUGGGAUUGAUCAACGCCUCCUACCCAAUCUCCUCAUGCAGGGGUAUGGAGCACAAUCUGCUGAAGAAAAGCAAAGGCUUUUUAAAUUAAUGAGGAACCUUAAUUUCAAUGGUGAAUCUGGUUCUGAGCCUUUCUCUCCAACAACUCAAGGCUCUGGAGGAAUUGGUGCAUCAGAUGGUUUUUAUUCUCCGGAUUUCAGGGGUGAUUUUGGUGCAGGGCUAUUGGAUUUACAUGCUAUGGAUGACACUGAGCUUCUUACAGAGAAUGUUGACUCAGAACCAUUUGAGCAAUCACCUUUUAUGCCUGCUGUUACUAAAGCAGUCGAAAAUGACCAAGAUACCCUUCCAUACCGCCAACAAAGAGGACAAACAGAUGUAGAUGCUUCUUUUGGAUUACCAACACUUGAAAAAGAAAUCAGCUCAAGGGAAAAUAAUGUUGCCAAGAUUAAAGUCGUGGUGCGCAAAAGACCACUGAAUAAGAAGGAACUUUCUCGCAAGGAGGAUGAUGUUGUGAGUGUAUGUGACAACAGUCUAACUGUUCAUGAACCCAAGCUUAAGGUUGACCUUACUGCUUAUGUUGAAAGGCAUGAGUUCUGUUUUGAUGCUGUUCUCGACCAGCAAGUAACCAAUGAUGAGGUAUAUCGUGAAACUGUACAGCCGAUCAUUCCUAUCAUAUUUCAGCGAACAAAAGCAACUUGUUUUGCUUAUGGCCAGACAGGAAGUGGUAAGACAUACACAAUGCAACCAUUACCUCUUAGAGCUGCAGAAGAUCUUGUUAGAUUAUUACAUCAGCCAACAUAUCGUAAUCAAAAGUUCAAAUUAUGGCUAAGUUAUUUUGAAAUUUAUGGUGGAAAACUCUACGAUCUACUAAGCGAUAGAAAGAAACUUUGCAUGAGAGAAGAUGGAAGACAACAGGGAAUUCUGCUAGAAGUACUGGUUCUACUGGAGCUAAUGAGGAGUCUUCAAGGUCACAUGCUAUAUUACAACUAG